AGAAAGAAAAUAAAAAGAAAUGGAAUGAAGAAGAGAAGAAGUAGAAGAUAACCUAACUUUCAGAUUCUCUCACUAUAUUCUAGUGGUUCAUCACAAUUCUGGAUCUAGAGUAUGUAAAAUGAGUUAAAGUAAUGAAAGAUAUGAAGUUUUUGUUUUGGUUGAUGGAUUAAUUUAGAAGACUAAUUAUGAAUUGGGAUAUCGAUGAGAGGUUUAGAUUUUGAGGUUUGGUUCUAAGAAAGAAUGAUGGAUUACAGAGAUGAAACUGAAAAUAAUCAAGUUCUUGAUCGUGGUAAAGUUAGGAUUCUUUUAUGUGGUAACGAUUCAAAGAGUUGUGAUGAAGUUUUCUCACUUCUAUGCAAAUGUUCAUACCAAGUAACUUCAGCUAGGAGUGCUAGGCAAUUGAUUGAUGCACUGAAUGCAGAAGGGCCUAAUAUUGAUAUCAUACUUUCGGAAGUUGACCUUCCAAUUUCCAAAGGCUUCAAAAUGUUAAAGUACAUUAUGCGACACAAGGAAUCGCAGCGCAUUCCUGUUAUCAUGAUGUCUGUCGAAGACGAGGUUUCUGUUGUAGUUAAGUGCUUGAAGCUGGGAGCAGUUGAUUAUCUUGUGAAACCAUUACGCACUAAUGAGCUAUUGAACUUAUGGACUCAUGUGUGGAGACGAAGGAAGACGCUUGGAUUAGUAGAGAAGAACAUCUUCAGUUGUGAUCUGUUAUCAGACCCUAGCGAUGCAAAUACAAACAGCACAGCAAUUUUCUCAGAUGACACAGAUGACAAAUCUUACUGGAAUCCGUUGCCUGACAUGAAUGUGUCAGCUCACCGAGAAGGGGAAGUAAGGAUUAUCAUUCAGCAUUUUACAGGGAGAAUACUGUCGCAUCCGAAAAAAAGUGAACUGAAGAUUGGUGAAUCUUCAGCUUUCUUUACUUACGCGAAAUCAGGUGUUCCCAUAGGUAACCUUCAAAGGGUUGUCAGCAUGGAUGAAUCUGUAACUAAAUCAGAACAACCAGGCAGAGGAGAUAAACUGCUUAUGUAUUCCAAAUCAAGUUCCCUUGCUGUCAAUCAUCAAAGGGUUGUCAAUAUGGAUGAAACUACAAGUGAGUUUGGAAAAACAAGCAAAGAAACUGCACUGCUUCCAUCAUGGGGAGAACAAGUAGGUAAUCAAUUAAACAGACAUGAACAUGGGAAACGCUCAGAUAUCUACUCGUACCAAAUUGAUGUGGGAACAAGCAGUACAUCCUAUGAGUACCUACAACGAAGGAACUCCGGGGAGAAGGAAAAGAAGUUCUCUGCAACAGUAUUGUCGCAUCGAAGCAGCAGUCCGUCUGAGUUCCCACGUAGAAGCUCCCGGGAGAAGGAUGAGCAGUUCUCCACAGCAGUAUUGUUGCAUCAAGGCAACGGCCCAUCUGAGUUUCCUUGUAGAAGAAACUCUGAGGAGAAGGACGAGCAGUUCUCGACAACAGUGCUGUUGCACCAGAGCAGUGGUCCAUCUUUUGAGUUUCCACAAAGAAGAAGCUCCAAGGAUAAGGAAGAGCAGGUUUCCGCGACAGUGUUGUCUCAGCAGAGCAACAGCUCCCAGCUUGAGGUUUCAGCUGUUCCAACAUUCCCUCCUUUUCCCUAUUAUUUCCCAGGGAUGAUGAAUCAAGCAAUGAGGCCUCCUUCGUCCACACAACUCUAUCGAGGGACAUACCCGCAUGAUUUGGCAAGACAUCCUCCGUCAUCCGUGUUCCCUCACUACAACCCAUUCUCUCAAUGCCAUCCUCCUUACCCUUCCAUGAUGUCAUCAUUUCCUGCAUAUUAUCCAAUUCAAUUAAACAUGCAGCAAGGUCAAAUGCCUGCAAACCAUGUUUGGCCGCCACCAAUGUCAAAUUCACCUUCUGCAGAAAUAAAGCAAUCUCCAGUGGAUAAAAGAGAAGCAGCAUUAGUCAAGUUUAGACAGAAGAAGAAAGACAGAUGUUUUGACAAGAAGAUUAGGUAUGUCAAUCGGAAGACACUUGCUGAAAGGCGGACCCGUGUACGGGGCCAGUUUGUGAGACAAGUGAAUGGUGUAGAUGUAAAUCUUAACAGUCAACCCGCUACUCAUGUUGAUGAUUCUUAUGACGACGUAGAAGAUGAUGAAGAUGAUGAGUGAAUAUCCAAGGAAAGGUUACAGUCUUGGUCAUUGAGGAGAGGUUAUGCCCCAGCUUGUUCUCAAUUUUCGAAACCCCAUCAUAUUUAUUUAUGUGGAACCAGUUCUUAGAUACAUUUCGCUAGCACUUGCCUGUGGUGCGUCGCGAAAAUGAUCUGAGACGGAUUUAAUCGUCCUGCCCCAUAAAUGAGUCAUACUGAAGUUGUUGGAAAUGUCAUCUCCAGAACUAUUGACCGACCCUCUCAAUAAGGAAAUCAUGUUGAACACUAUGAUUCCAAUUUGGUAGGUCUUCAUGGAAACCACUAUCCUAUUAGUACGUGGUUGUCAUGUCAAAAGAUGUUCUCAAGAAUCUAGAGAGUUGACCAUUUCUAUGUUUUGGACAAUCAUUUUAUAACUAA